AUGUUGAAAGAAUGCCUGAACAUCUUAGACAGAGAUGAGGAGGAAAAGAAGAUGAUUGCAGCCAAACAGAACCAGGAGAACCUGAAGAAGCAUAAUCAAAAAGUGAAGGAUGCAGCUUCGAAGAAGAAGGCCACAGAAAGUGGAGAAGGCAACAAAGAGAAGAAGAAGAAGGAUGAGACGAGAUCCAAGCCGAAGGAUGGUGAAGGGAACACUUCAUCAAAGAAGACGAAAGAGAAGGCUGCAGAAGGAGGAGAAGGCAACAAAGAGAAGAGGAAGGAUGAGACAGGAUCCAAGCCGAAGGAUGGUGAAGGGAACACUUCAUCAAAGAAGACGAAAGAGAAGGCUGCAGAAGGAGGAGAAGGCAACAAAGAGAAGAAGAAGGAUGAGAAAGGAUCCAAGCCGAAGGAUGGUGAAGUGAACACUUCAUCAAAGAAGAAAGAUAAGGCUGCAGAAGGAGGAGCAGGCAACAAAGAGAAGAAGGAUGAGACAGGAUCCAAACCGAAGGAUGAUGAAGCCAGAGCUUCAUCGAAGAAGAAGCCAGAGAAGGCCGAGAAGGCUGCAGAAGGAGGAGAAGGCAACCAAGAGAAGAAGAAGGAUGAGAAAGGAUCCAAGCCGAAGGAUGGUGAAGGGAACCCUUCAUCAAAGAAGAAGACAGGGAAGGCUGCAGAAGGAGGAGAAGGCACCAACGAGAAGAAGAAGAAGGAUGAGACAGGAUCCAAGCCGAAGGAUGGUGAAGGGAACCCUUCAUCAAAGAAGAAGACAGAGAAGGCUGCAGAAGGAGGAGAAGGCACCAAAGAGAAGAAGAAGGAUGAGACAGGAUCCAAGCCGAAGGAUGGUGAAGGGAACCCUUCAUCAAAGAAGAAGAAAGAGAAGGCUGCAGAAGGAGGAGAAGGCAACAAAGAGAAGAGGAAGGAUGAGACAGGAUCCAAGCCGAAGGAUGGUGAAGUGAACACUUCAUCAAAGAAGAAGACAGAGAAGGCUGCAGAAGGAGGAGAAGGCAACCAAGAGAAGAAGAAGGAUGAGAAAGGAUCCAAGCCGAAGGAUGGUGAAGGGAACCCUUCAUCAAAGAAGAAGAAGGCCGAGAAGGCUGCAGAAGGAGGAGAAGGCAACAAAGAGAAGAAGAAGGAUGAAACAGGAUCCAAGCCGAAGGAUGGUGAAGGGAACCCUUCAUCAAAGAAGAAGACAGAGAAGGCUGCAGAAGGAGGAGAAGGCACCAACGAGAAGGAGAAGAAGGAUGAGACAGGAUCCAAGCCGAAGGAUGGUGAAGGGAACCCUUCGUCAAAGAAGAAGACAGAGAAGGCUGCAGAAGGAGGAGAAGGCACCAAAGAGAAGAAGAAGGAUGAGACAGGAUCCAAGCCGAAGGAUGGUGAAGGGAACACGUCAUCAAAGAAGACGAAAGAGAAGGCUGCAGAAGGAGGAGAAGGCAACAAAGAGAAGAGGAAGGAUGAGACAGGAUCCAAGCCGAAGGAUGGUGAAGUGAACACUUCAUCAAAGAAGAAGACAGGGAAGGCUGCAGAAGGAGGAGAAGGCAACCAAGAGAAGAAGAAGGAUGAGAAAGGAUCCAAGCCGAAGGAUGGUGAAGUGAGCACGUCAUUGAAGAAGAAGCCAGAGAAGGCUGCAGAAGGAGGAGAAGACACCAAAGAGCAGAAGAAGGAUGAGACAGGAUCCAAGCCGAAGGAUGGUGAAGCGAACACUUCAUCAAAGAAGAAGAAGACUGAGAAGGCUGCGGAAGGAGGAGAUGGGAACAAAGACGAGAAAAAGGAUGAGAAAAGAUCAAAGCCGAAGGAUGGUGAAGUGAACACUUCAUCAAAGAAGAAAAAGAAGGCUGCAGAAGGAGGAGGAGGCAACAAAGAGAAGAAGGAUGAGACGAUAUCCAAGCCGAAGGAUGGUGAAGGGAACACUUCAUCAAAGAAGCAGACAGAUAAGGCUGCAGAAGGAGGAGAAAGCAACAAAGAGCAGAAGAAGGAUGAGAAAGGAUCCAAGAGGCAAGAGGAUGAUUUGGUGACACCACCUUCGAAGAAGGCCAAGAAGGGUGGGGCAAAUGGAGAAGAUGAUAAGGAAACCAAGGGGAAUGCGUCCCAGCCAAAGGAAAGCAAAUGCACUGUUCUGGCCAUACCUGAUGAGUCUGGAAAAAGAAAGCCAGCCAACCAAGAGGGCCACUCUGAUGACCAACAGGAGAGAUUAUCAGAACGGACUUCCACUGUCGGCAGCUUUGACCUCUCUUCCCCAUCCCCUUCGGUUCACCCGAAGUCCCUAGACUUCCUGACCGGUUUGUUGGAAGAUGAUGUGGAUCCUUCACCACCAUCAACGGAGAGGGUGUCACGGAAGAAAGAGCUCACCGAAGAAGAACGCAACAAGAUCAGCGAAAUGACGCAUCCCAGUCAGAUGCCUUACCCAGAGCGGAAACGACAGUAUGCGGCAUUGCGUCGUGCCAUCUACCGAGAAGCGCCACCCGGAUUGGUGGCCAAAUUUUCAUUGUGUGGCGACAAGGUCACUGAGUUUCAACUUGAAAAAAUCUAUGGCAAGUCCAAAGAGUCUCGCGAGUUCAUCGCUACGCUCGCUUCUCUCUCGGGAAGGGUGCGUGAUUCAGGGGCAAAGGAGAUCCUGAAGAAACAGCUUCAAGGUCUUACAGAUGGCCUACCUGAACAAAUGGAUCUUGCUACUGGCCGCUUGACUAGCAAGAAGCCUAAAAAGGAGAAAUCUCCUGAGGAGGAGGUCAUGGCCAAUGUCAAGAAGCUUACCAAAAGGUGGAAGCAACUCAUCAACGAGCUUGAUGGUGCUAAGAGGGGGUUGGUUGACUACAAUGUCCGCAACUGCGAGGAACUGGAUAUGGUUGAUUGGCUUGAUGCUUCCAAGUCUAAGCUCAAGCCACUUGAAGAUGAUGUAAAGGAUGCCAAGAGGAGAAUCUCUGCGGCCAAGGGGCCAAAGAAGCGAAAGGCUGUCCCAGUGCAGAAUGCCUCCGCAUUGAUCGAACUGACAUCUACCAACCAGAUUUGGAAGGGGGAUAGCCGAGAUGAACGCCUUCGACUUGCUUUCGUGCAGUUCACAGCGCAGUGCAAGCAGCAUCGGGUGAGUGCCAAGGAAGCAGGAGUACUGGCAAUUUGGCUGAAAGGUGUUUGUCUUGCUGUUGCUUCGCAGAACCCUGGAGAUAUUCAUGCUGCGCUUCUUGGCAAUUCAUUUCAUAAGGGGGGCAUCAUCAAUGAAAACAGGGUGAGCUUGCGAUAUGUUGUGAUGGAGGUUGGGUAUCCGCA